AUGUAUCCAGCUAAUACCACCUGUACAUUUAUUAUUGAUGGUUUACAAGGUGAACAAAAUUUGGAGGAAGUAAUACUUACGUUCGAAAAUUUUGCUGUCCUCACUGAAACAAUUGACAAUUCUAAUUCAUUUCACUCAAAACAUUCCUCAAUUAAUUAUGAUGAUGAUGACGAACCAUGUGCCACAUCAUAUGUUGGUAUUGCAUUCGUUCCAGCAACCAUUAAUAGUGUUUUAUCAUCUGGUGAAGAAAGUAAUUACGAUGCUACACUUUGUGAUCGUCUAGAAAAUGGUUCACAUAUUUUGGGCCCAUAUAUUAGUGAUGGACCAAGAAUGGUUUUAGUAUUUAGUUCUAAUGAAAAGAUUUCUUCUAAUGGUGAUGGAAAGAAACCAUUAGGAUUUAAAGCUAAAAUACAGUUUAAAACAAAUUUUGGUAUACCGGGUAAACCAAUUGGUGGUUCAAACCAAUGUAUGUUUCAAUUUACAAAAACACGUGGUUGGUUCAAUAGUCCAAGAUAUCCGGCAAAUUAUCCAUUAGAUACCAAUUGCACUUACAUUAUCAAGGCAAGACCAGAUGAACAGAUUCAAGUUUACUUCGAGCAAUUUGCUCUUUAUGUUGAUGAACAUUCAACAAUUGAGACACGUUGUACUGAUUAUUUAGAAAUAUCAGAUGUUUUUGUCAAAGAUGGUGUGGAAAAAUUACAACUUCAAGCUCGUUAUUGUGCAAAUACAUUUCCGGGACCAACAGUAACAGCAUUUGGUUCACAUGAACUUCGAGUUUUUUUUUUAUCUGAUCAUGAAGGUACUGGAAAUGGCUUUAAAGCAAUCUAUCAAAUUCGUAAAGCAUUUACCGAAGAAAUUCCAACAAAACCAGUUGCUCGACAUUGUGGUCAACGAAUAACUCGAACUGAUGAUUUCACUAGCGGUUGGUUAGUAUCACCGGGAUAUCCAAUAAAAUAUAAUAAAGAUUUAAUUUGUGAUUGGGAAAUUACUGUACGACCAAAUCAUCAGGUAUUAUUACAUCUUAUAAAAAUGGAAAUCGAAGGUUCAAUGACUGCUGAAUCGGUGAAUUGUCAAAAUGCGGUAAUUCGUGUGGAUGCUGAACGUGGCAUUAAUGCUAGUCCUACGAUACAGGAAAUUUGUGGUACUGAUGAAACUGUCAUUCAACCUAUUAUUUCAAAAAAUAACACAGUUCGAAUUAGAUUUUUCACAUCACCAGAUAAAGUAAAUGGUUUGAAAGGUUUUAAUUUUACCUGGACGGAGGUUAAAAAAACAACAGAUAAUAAUGAAUGUCUGCAUCCAACGAUGUAUCUUUGUACGUAUACAAAGUUAUGCAUUGAUGCUCGUUUGAAAUGUAACGGUGAUAAAAAUUGUGGUUUACAUGAUGAUACUGAUGAAGCAUACUGUAAUAAAUUAGAGAAUGCAGCUGAUGUGCGAACGGUGCUUUUUAUGGCAAUAUUUUCCGGUUGCAUAUUUUUGCUCAUUUCCGGUUUCUUCUGUUAUAUGCUCAAAAAAAAGCUUGAAAAAAAACGAAAUAAACGUCUUCGUCGUGCAAAAUUUGGAAUGAAACAUCAACGAAAACCUUUCCGAAAUCCAAGACCAAUCACUAAAGCUGAUCCACAUUUAUUGCCAGCACCUGCAGCAUCACGUUUGACACAUCACAAUGUCACCACCGAUAUCAUUUCAUUAACAAUGGAACAACGAAAUGAAAAAUCACCAAAUGGUGAAAUGAGCAGGAAUAAUUCAUCACUUAGGCAUUCCUUAAAAUUAAAUGAUGAUUGUAAUACAUUUUAUGGAUAA